AUGUCCUUUUGGGACUUCUUCAUUACAUUUUCUUUAUUUUCUAAUUUUCUUUCUCUCUUAUUCUCUGUAAAAUUAUUCAUUCAUUCGUUUUAUCUUUCUUCGUCCAUUUCUUUUCAUAUCGUUUUUUUCUGGUUUCAUAUAUUUUACAUUUUUCUUUUCUUUUUGUUUUUCAUUGAUUUCUACUUUUUUUCUAUCUUUCUUUUCUUUCUUUCUUUCUUUCUUUCUGUUUUUAUCUCUUUAAAAUUUUCCUUUGUCUUUUUUUUUUUUUCAUUGUUUUCUUCUUUCUUUCUGUUUUUCAUCCCUUUAACAUUUUCCAUUUCUUUUUCAUUUUUUACUCCUUUCUUUCUUUCUUUCUUUCUUUUUUUUUUCUUUCUUUCUUUAAAGUUUUUCUUUUCUGUUUCUUUUUCAUUGUUUUCUCUUUUCUUUCUUUAUGUUUUUUUUCUAUUUAACAUUUUCUUUUUGUUUUUCUUUUUCAAUACAGUUUCUUUCGUUCUUUUUUCUUUCCGCUUUUCAUUCACUGUCUUUUUUAAUUUUUUUAACGUUUUUGUUCUUUUUUUUCUUUUUGUCUCUCUUUCUUUCAUACUUUCUCCUAUUUUUCUUUCAAUAUUUUUCCUCUAUUUUUAUAUUUCUUCUUCAUUUACAUUUUCGAUCUAUUUUUUUCUUACUGUCAAUCUUUCUUUUAUUUUCCAUUUAGUACCGUUUAUUGCAUUAUUUAAUAUUUUUUUUUGUUUUCAUGUUUCAUAUAUCUUUCUUUCAUUCAUUACUUAUUUCUUUCCUUUUCAAUACUUUUUCUCUUCUUUAAAAUUUUUCUUUUUUUCUUGUAAUUUUAAACUCAAUACUAUUUCAUUCAUUAUUUUUUCUUAUGUCUCCUCGUUUCUUUUUCUUUUUAUUCGUUCUUUCUCAAUUUCAGUUUCACAUUUUCAUUCUUUCUUUUCUUCCUUUUUCUAUUUUUUCUGCUUUAUUUUUCUUUCUUUCUUUCUUUCUUUCUUUCUUUCUUUUUUUUUUUCUUUUUUUGCGCUCUCAUCCAUUCUUGCUCACUUUCACUUUUUAAUUCAUUCUUUUCUUCCUUUUUCUCUUUUUUCUUCUUUAUUUUUUCUUUCUUUCUUUCUUUCUUCUUUAUUUUUCUUUCAUUCUUUCUUUCUUUCUUUUUUCUUUCUUUCGCUCUCAUCCAUUCUUGCUCACUUUCACUUUUUCAUUCUUUCUUUUCUUCCUUUUACUCUUUCUUUCUUCUUUAUUUUUAUUUCCUUUUUUCUUUCUUUCUUUCUUUCUUUUUUUCUUUCUUUCUUUAUUUCUUUCGCUCCCAUCCAUUCUUACCGUUACACUUUUUCAUUCUUUCUUCUCUUUCUUUUUCUCUUUUUUCUUCUUUUUUUUUUGUUUCUUUCUUUUUUCUUUCUUUUUUUCUUUUUCUAUCUUUUUUUUUUUUUCUCUAAUCCAUUCUUGCUCACUUUCACUUUUUUCAUUCUUUUCUUUUUUUCUUUUUCUUUUUCUUUUCUUUUUCUUUCUUUCUUUAUUUUUCAUUCUUUCUUUCUUUCUUUCUUUUUUUUUUUUUUUUUUCGCUCACAUCCAUUCUUGCUCACUUUCACUUUUUUUCAUUCUUUCUUUUCUUCCUUUUUCUCUUUUCUUCUUCUUUUUUUCUUUUUCUUUCUUUCUUUCUUUUUUCUUUUCUUUCCUUUCUUUCACAUCCAUUUUUUGCUCACUUUCACUUUUUUUCAUUCUUUUCUUUCCUUUUUUUUCUUCCUUCUUUUUAUUUUUUUUUCAUUUUUUCUUCUUUCUUUCUUUUUUUCUUUCUUUCUUUCUUUCUUUCUUUCUUCCUUCUUUCAUCCAUUCUUUCUUUCACUUUCACUUUUCAUUCUUUCUUUUUCUUCCUUUUCUCUUUUCAUUUUUUCUUUAUUUUUUUUUUCUCUUUUUUCUUUUUUUUCUUUCUUUCUUUCUUUCUUUCUUUCUUUCUUUCUUUCUUGUGCUCUCAUCCAUUCUUGCUCACUUUCACUUUUUCAUUCUUUCUUUUCUUCCUUUUUCUCUUUCUUUCUUUAA